AUGGCAAAACAGCUACUUAAGGACUUAGAUCAGAGGAGUAGCCGUGCCAGACGCCUUAAGGCCCGCCAACAACUCGAGGAACAGACUGCUGCUUUGCUUGCCAACAGAGGAUUGUCUCCAUUUAGUAUCCGCACGGGAGUCAACGCGUCCGGAGUCUCUUCGUCAGAACCACCGUCUUCUGUCAUUAUCCCAAGGCAUAAUCAGUCAACGCCUAACACAUUUGCUCCCAACUCUGCAGACUUAUCUGAUAAGCUUUCCCACGCCAGCAGUUCUUCAACCCCACUCUCUAACCCUAUUGUUAGUAGUGCUUCGAGGACAGAAAGCCGAGCUUGA